UAAAAUAAAAAUAGACAUAAACACGUCAAAAAGAAAGCAAAUGAGUUUUAGCAACGCGCUGGAAGAGCCAAGGAGCCUGUUUGAUAAGGAUAAAGAGAUAGGCUUUGAUGUAGAGCAAGAUUUCACACAAGGACUUGAACACGAACUUGAACUUGCACUUGAGCAGGAGCUCGAUCGCGAGCCGUACACACCAGAGAAUGUGAAUUCAGCUCCAGUAUCACCUCCUCAGCCACCAAAGAGGGUCAGAAAGACUCGUAAGUCGCUCAAAAACCCAAAAGCAGAGGUGCCGCGUCCACGAAAGUAAGUGUGAUUUAUUGGGAACAUAGGCUGUCAUAAUAAUACCUCAUCCCAGCGCAUGGAUCAUCUAUCGCACAAAUAAAAGCAAAGAGCUUAGACGUCGCCGCGGAGAUGGCGUUGGCAUGCGCGCUUUGUCUGCUGCCAUAUCAGAACUCUGGGCUAAAGAGACAGAUGAUGUCAAAACCCAUUUCAAGCAAUUAGCAGAGAAAGAGAAGGAGAUGCAUAAGAUACUUUGGCCUGACUACAAGUUUUCGCCACGGAAAAAUUAUACCGUGAAACAAGGUGACUCAUGUAAAAAGAAGCAAACAAGUAAGGAAAACAAACCUCAUGGUAGAUUACGUGGUCGUCCAAGAAAAACUACAACUCAGAGUAUUAAUUCAGUCAACUCAGAAUCAACCUCAACGGCAACAGUAUCAUCCGAAUUGCCUAAUGUAGAAUUACUUACGUAUAACGAUACUAAUUAUAUAGAAGUUCCAGAUAUCCCGGACAUGACACUUCCUCAAACAACUCUCAACCCUGUAUAUUAUUCGGACAUAACCUCAAUUACUAGUAGUUCAGAGAAUACUUUCAAUGUUUUCGAUAGCCAAUAUGGGCAAUUCAGUAGCCCAACUCCUGAGUACACUAUUAAUUUACCUACGUUACAGUACUUGCAACCACAUUUCUCCAACGCACUCGAUAACUUUUUUGCAGAUAUAGAAGAAUCACUUAAUAAAGCAUCUCCAUAUGACUUUUUCAACAUCUCUCAAGACUUGUUUAACUAUUAGAUUUGCAUAAAGUUCCUGUAAAAUAUUAUGCAUUGAAUCUCC